AUGGCGCAAGAUGGCGCAAGGGCGAAUCGCAAGGGAAACCUACGGAACCCCAAACUGACCAAAGCCUUCCAGUCGCUCGUCGACGCGCUGGUGCAGCAGCAUGUUUCUGAACUCCGCGAAACCGAGCGCAGCGCCAAGCGCCUCCGCCGGUCCAUGGACAACGCAGAAGCCGCGAGGGAGCUGAACAGGCAACUCCGGCACUCGCAGUCUUCGCCCUCGCCGAUCUACGGCACCUACUCGCCGAACGGCGUCAAUGGCGUCGCCACACCAGGCAGCGAGGUCGGGAUCUCUUCACAGGAGCCGAAGCACCUCAAGCUUGGGCGAGGCUCGACAACGUCGCAGCAGCUGCUGUGCCGGCAGCGGCAGGCGUUGCCGGAGGUGAAUGCCGACAAGGUCCUUGAGGCUUUGGCCGUGGAGGCCGUGCCGUCGAGCGCAUCCGGCGUUUCGGCGGAGCUGGAUCACGUCCUCUCCCAUGAGCUGAUCCCUGGCAAGCGCGAGCAGACGUCUGCCACGUUUGGUUUCUUCUCUGAAACCGACUCGAGCAUGUUGGCGCGAUGGCGAAGUAUGAACUAUCGGCAGCGGAUGGCAACAUGGUUGGAGUCCAACCACUUCGAGAUGCUGAUCUCCUUCGCGCUGUGCAUCAACGUGCUGUGGAUGGCGUUCGAGCUCCAGGUCCACGGCUCCAUGACGGGCUUCGAGAUUGGCGUUUUCCCCACGCCCAUGAUGCCCAAGGAGACCUGGCCGACCUGGGAGGCUUGGCUCCUCGUCGGCGACAUGGCGUUCGCAGGCUUCUUCGCCCUUGACGUGGUCGUGCGUGUGCUGGUCUUGGGUCUGACAUUCUGGAAGGCCUGGAUGAACUACAUCGACGUGAUUGUGAGCGUGAUCUCCCUGGUCGAGCUGACGGCGACCUUCUACACCAUGCCGAUCAACCCGAUUCUCUUUCGGCUCCUUCGCAUGGGCAAGCUCACCAGGGCCAUCCGAGUGGUCUCAAUGACCAGCGUGCUGGCGUCCUUGCAGCUGCUGAUCAAAUGCCUGGCCGCAAGCAGAGAUAUGCUUUUCUGGAGCUUUUGCUUGCUCACCUUUGUUCAGUGCAUCGCUGGAAUGGUUGUGAGUACUCUCUGCUGGGAGUACUUGCGUGACGAGAACUUCGACCCGGGCCUCCGGGAAGAUGUCUUUCGCUACUACGGCACCUUCAGCCGGACCUUCCUCUCCAUGUUCGAAAUCCUCUUUGCCAACUGGAGCCCGCCGUGCCGCAUACUGGUGGAGCAUGUCAGCGAGUGGUUCUCGAUUUUCUUCCUGCUGUACCGGUGCGUGCUCGGUUUUGCUGUCCUGAACGUGGUAAAUGCCGUUUUCGUCCAGCAGACCAUGAAGACUGCUAGCUCCGAUGAGGAUCUUGCUUUCAAGCAGAAGGAGAAGGACAUCGCCAUGUACCACCGCAAGGUGAAGAAGCUCUUUGCGACCAUGGACUCAUCGGGUGAUGGCGCGAUAAACUUCGACGAGUUCUCGAAGUUGGUCAAGUCGCCCAAGCUCAGGUUUUGGAUGAGUCAGCUGGAGCUUGAGUACCACGACCUCCUUUCUCUCUUUGAAUUUCUGGACAACGGCGAUGGGCAGAUCACGCUCCAUGAGUUCAUCGAGGGCGCCUCGCGCCUGAAGGGCCACGCCAAGGCCAUCGACAUCUGGCGCAUGGAGACCAAGGUCGAGGUUCUCUUCGAGGAGGUCCUGCACAUCCUCCGUGGCGACGACAAAGAGGAGACAGAAGUCCUCGAGCCACAGUCGCCCGAAGCGCGGAAAAUUUCGAGUAUCCAGGAGAUUUUCGACCACUCAGUCUUCCGCCACAUCAAGGCCACAACCUUUGUCCACGACUCGGUCCACGACCCCAGCAACUCCGGGGAGGUCCAGCCGACUCAUACAACUGGCACAAGACUCGGGACUUCCGUCAGUGAGGGCACACAAUUGGGGACUUCCGUAGGUGAGGACCCUGAUCACGAUCACCAUCUGCCCUAG